UGGAUGCAUCACAGUUGAGCUUCAACGAGUCGGCUGCAGUAUGAGGGCUGUAGUACUAUUGGUUUUGGCCAUUGCGGCUUUGGCCGCUGGCCGGCAAGUCGACGAUACCAUGCUCGGUAAAGACAUCGUCACGAUGGACAUCAAGGAGAGGCAAAUGUUCAUCUUGAAAUUACUUAACCACGUUCUGGAGCCCGUCAUGUACAAGGAAAUCGAAGAUAUUGGCAAGAACUUCAACAUUGAAGAGAACAUUCAGCUGUUUACCAGGACUGAAGUAGUGAAGAAGUUUAUCUACUACUACAAGCUUGGUAUGCUUCCUCGUGGUGAGAUCUUCACCAUCCACAUGGACCGCCAGCUGAAGGAAGUCGUCUCCAUGUUCCACAUGCUCUACUACGCCAAAGACUUCGUCACCUUCAUCAAGACCGCAUGCUGGAUGCGCCUUUACCUUAACGAAGGCAUGUUCGUCUAUGCUCUCACUGUAGCCGUCAGACACCGUGAAGACUGCAAGGGUAUCAUUCUUCCUCCCCCAUACGAAAUCUACCCAUACUACUUCUUGCGCGCCGAUGUUAUCCAGAAGGCUUACUUACUCAAGAUGAGACGAGGACUCCUUGACCACAAGCUGUGCGACUUCUACGGAAUCAAGAAGACUGACAAGGAUGUCUACAUCAUCGAUGAGAACACAUACGACAGAAGAACAACUCUCAAUUACGAUGACAAGCUUCGCUACUUCACCGAGGACAUUGACCUUAACACCUACUACUACUACUUCCACGUCGACUAUCCGUUCUGGAUGAGAGACGAAUGCUUCGACAAGAUCAGGAUCAGGCGUUUCGAACUUACUCUGUACAUGUACCAGCAAAUUCUUGCCAGAUACUACCUGGAGCGUCUGUCUAAUGGUCUUGGUGAGAUUAAAACUCUUACAUACAACAAACCGAUCAAGAACGGAUACUGGCCCUGGAUGAUGUUGCACAACGGUGUUCAAUUCCCUAAGAGGCAGAACAACUAUGUUGUCAUCCGUGAUGACGUUAUUGAGAAUCUCCGUCUUGCAGACGCAUACGAAAUGAUCAUCAAGGAAGCUAUUGUCAAGGGAUUCGUUGAAGUCAAUGGCUUAAGACUGGAACUGACCAAGACUGAUGAUAUCGAGACUCUUGGAAGACUCAUCUACGGAAAGAUUGACAAGGUGGACGUGGACAAAUACCACAUUGAUGCUUACAGAUACCUGCUCAUCAUCAUGAAAUCGAUUCUUGGACUGAACACGUUGAAAUCUGACAAAUACUUCGUCGUUCCUUCUGUCUUGGACAGCUACCAGACCGCUCUCCGUGACCCAGUCUUCUACAAACUCCAGAAACGUCUCAUUGACUUGGUCUUCCUCUUCAAAUUGCGUCUGCCUUGCUACAACAAGGACGACCUCUACUUCCCUGGCGUGAAGAUCGACAACGUCGUGGUUGACAAGCUCGUCACUUACUUCGAUGACUACCUGAUGGACAUGACCAACGCCGUUAUGCUCACUGAAGAUGAACUCAAGAAGACCACUUCCGACAUGAAAUUCUUCGUCCGCAAACGCCGUCUGAAUCACCAGCCCUUCAAGGUGACCGUCGAUGUUCUCUCAGACAAAGCCGCUGACUGCGUCAUCAGGAUCUUCCUGGGACCGAAAGAGGACCACCACGGCCGUCUCAUUGACAUCAACAAGAACCGCAUGAACUUCGUCGAACUCGACAGCUUCCUCUACAAACUGGUCAAUGGCAAGAACACUAUUGUCAGGAACUCCUUCGACAUGCACAACCUGGUCCGCGACCGCAUUAUGACCCGCGACCUCUGGAAGAAGGUUGACACCAUCACUGACUUCAGAGAUCUCCUUGUCAAGGACCUCAGAAACUUCCACACUGGUUUCCCCACCAGGUUGCUUCUGCCCAGAGGUAAGGUUGGAGGUAUGAAGAUGAUGCUGUACGUCAUCGUGACUCCUCUGAAGUUGGUCGACAACGUUGACCUCAACAUUCUGGACACCAACCGCAAAGACUUCAUGAUGGACUUCAGGUCGACUGUUCUUUUGGACAAGAGGCCUCUUGGUUUCCCAUUCGACCGUCGCAUUGAUGUAGUGAAGUUCUUCACUCCUAACAUGAAGUUUGUCGAUAUUAUGAUCUUCCACAAGAAGCAGGUCUGCGACAUGAAGACUCGCUGGAACAAAUACGUGUUGAAGAACUACGACAUGUAUGACAGGACCAUGAUCACCGAUGACACCUCCUUCGUCGACACCGACAUCCACACGAAGUCAAUGGUAGACCAUGACGUCAACGUGUUCGACAAUUACUAAAUGGUAAUAAUAUUCCUAGAUUAUAGUUCAAAGAAUGAUGACUGAGGCUAGAUUUACAGCAAGUUUAAAAAUGUAAAAAAAUAAAAAUAAAUAAUUUAAUAAACA